AUGACGAACUUCGUUUUCCAGAGGGUACAUAAACUUCACAUCUCGCAUAUCACCUUCACUUCCUCCAACACCUUCGACCGUCGUCUCUACCCUCAAUCUACCACCAUGCAUUUACUGUUCUUCAUCCUCACCGUGCUAGCGGCUCUGAUCUCACCCUCCUCAUCCGCACCGGUCGACGUCCCCUCGCUCUUCACCACGCUGCGCCACUCGACCAGCUCCGACCUGCCGUCGCUGCUCACCGCUCACCCCUCCUCCCCCUCCACCACCCUCCUCAACAUGGGCUUCCCCUCCAGCACCACCCUCACCACCUCCUCCUCGCGCGUCAUCCUCCCCGCACCGCGCUUCCACCACCUCACGUACAUCAUCCCGCACCCCUCCGCCCCCUACUCCGAACUGCUCGUCGCCAACUCCGCCACCGGCAAACUCGAGAACUACGGUUGGAUCAGUGGGCAUCGUUGGGACGCAUCCGCGCCUCGCAGGGAUUUGGCGAUCAAGCUGGGAGAGGGGAGGUAUUUGUUGGCGGACAACGUGCCGGUGGGUGGGUUUGGAGUGACAAAAGCACCCUGGAGCGAGGAGAUUGGUGGGACGAAGGAUGGGUAUAGGUGGUUGGGUAGGAGAUGGGAUGCUGAUGUAGUAGAAAAGUAUCAUGGAGUUGCAACCUCCCCACACCACGCUUAA